AUGUUCCAUGUCAAUCAGUAUAGACUGCCAUGUCAACAUCUCCGGGAGUAUUCGCAGGCUGUUUCAACCACAGACGAAGAGGUCCUCCAUCUCAGUGUCAAGGAAUACAUACCAUUCGAUAACCAAGAUCCGAAACCCGGUGAUGUGACUAUUCUUGCUGCCCAUGCCAAUGGGUUUACAAAGGAGCUAUAUGAACCUCUAUGGGAUGACUUGCUACAGCACCUUCAGAAGUUGGGAGUAUCUAUCCGCGCAAUAUGGAUCGCCGACGCCGCAAAUCAAGGAGCAAGCUACGUUCUGAACGAGCAGAAACUAGGAAACGAGCCGUCCUGGUUUGAUCACUCUCGGGAUCUACUGCACAUGGUCAAUUUUUUUCGUGACAGAAUGCCUCGCCCUAUUAUAGGUAUGGGCCAUAGCAUGGGGGCAUGCCAGUUGGUGGAGCUCUCCUUGAUACAUCCCAGUCUAUUCUCAACCUUGGUCCUCAUUGAACCGGCUAUCACGCGAUACUAUACUUUACAAGAUAACUGGCUAGCGCCUGCUGCCUCCGCAGCUCGCCGCGACUGUUGGAAGAACAAGGCCGAGGCCGUUUCUAAGUUGCGUCAGAUCCACCUGUAUCAGCAGUGGGAUUCACGAGUGCUUGACCGGUUCCUGCAGUAUGGUCUGCGAGAUCUACCAACCUUUGUCUAUCCAGAAACUCCGACGGCAGAAGGGGGUGUCACACUCACCACACCGAAAUAUCAAGAAGUCUUCUCAUUUUUGCGGCAAAACUUUCCCAGUUCAAAGUACCCUCGACCAGAACGUUGGCCAAAUAAAGCCACUCAUCCAGACUACGAUCCCACCGCGAAUCAGAUAGCGCCAUUCUAUUGCCCAGCGCCAGUAAUGGCAUUUCAUAAGCUCCCCAGCCUGCGACCAAGUGUCCUAUACCUCUUGGGUCACAGAUCACACAGCGCCGCGGAGGAAUUUGCUAAAGACAAGCUUGCUCUCACAGGCACUGGAGUUGGUGGUUCAGGUGGCAGUGCUUUUGGCAAGGUGAAAGCAACAAUGCUUGACGCUGGUCACUUGUUACCACUGGAGCGAGUCAACGACACAGCUGCUGCGGCAGCAAAUUGGAUUGUGCGGGAAAUGGAGGAUCUGAACAGUCUCACUGACGAGAACAAGCUGAGGUGGGAUUCUCUGUCUGGGAGACAGAAGCAGAUGUUCAGCCAAGAGUUUUACAAGGCAUUAGAAUCAGGCCCUCCAAAACUUAUUGGAAAGCUGUGAGAAACGUUGAAGCUUUGGCUACUGUACUGUGGUAUAAAAUGCACAGACUCUAUACUGCCUGUCCGAGAGUGGGGGAUAUCCAACGGCUCCCAUGGGUGAUUGAUAGUGGCUCUGAGAUUAUAGGUAGCCUGACGCGACCGAAACUCCGGCGAUGUUAGUUCAAAAUCUGUCACUGAAAGCAUCCAAAGGUAGGCGUGGAAUAAUACUCAAAAAGAGGUUCUGCA